AUGGACGUCCCGGUGGCUGCCAAUGUACUGGGGACCAUGGGAGCGGUCUGUUGGUCUAUUCAGUUGAUACCUCAAAUUGUCGUAAACUACAGACGACACAAUGCAACCGGAUUGCAACCUACGAUGAUGAUGUUGUGGGCUUGGGCAGGUGUCCCCUUGGGCGUUUAUAAUAUUGCUGAAGACUACAACAUUGCUUUGCGCAUCCAGCCGCAGAUUCUCACUGUGCUGAGUCUUGUCACGUGGAUCCAGUGCUAUUAUUACGAGAAGAACUGGUCUGUCUUGCGUUCACUUGCGGUAGUCGUCCCCAUAGCCAGUCUUAUGGGUGGAGUGCAAACUGGCCUCAUCUUCGCAAUACGACGUGCUCAGCAUCAGGGCCUGCACUGGCCUAGUAUCCUCAUGGCAGUUGCUUCGGCUGCUUUGCUUGCAGCUGGCGUUAUGCGGCACUAUAUUGACAUCUACCUCUUUCGGACUGUUCGAGGAAUCUCGUUCAUCUUUGUAGCCAUCGACGCCCUAGGCGAUGUCUUCUCAUUGGUGUCCGUCUUGUUUCAGCCUACCCUCGACGUUCUAGGGAUUGUGAUUUAUGGCACCGAAUUGGCCCUCUGGAUUGGCAUCUUUGCUUGUGGAGCUUAUUACAAUCUCUCACCUUGGAUCGUCUCACAGACAAACGGCCGGAAAAGAAGUCAUGCGGCAUGCAAUGAAAGCGUUGGUCCUGCCGCAGAUAUAAACACAGGUGAAGAAGGAGCAGCAGUCGCAUCUGGGAUCGCGCUCCAUAACCUACCUUCUAGCACUUCAGUCUUCAGGACGCCGUCGGGCAAUAUCGACGUCAUGUCACGGUGA